AUGAGCCAUGUUGAUGUCGCAAGGCAUGGAUAUUUCAGCUUCUCCACAACCAACAAAUUUCAAGCGGAAGAUGAGACACUGGCUGGGCCGAAGACACUUCGUGAAUGGGAAUUAAAGGACCUUCAUCCCAGCUACAACACUAAAGCUAUGACGAGUCUGCGCUUGACAUUCACGGAAAUAGAUGAAUUGUUUCUAAGAGGAUUUCGGAGGUCUCUUACUUUACUAGAUCUGAUCUCAGAAGACUAUAGAGGCGAUUGGAAGAGGAACCUCAUUAUCAGUCCGACGGACGCGGAAGAUUUCGAACGUCACAUUCAGUUCGGCCGGUUGUCUUCGGAAGUUUCUAACAUUGAUUACUUUCAAGACCAAGCUGAGAUACGCUUCUGGUGUCUGGCUACGGAGUUCUUGGUCCUCGAAAAUGAGGGAUUCCCAGGGGGGCAAGUCUUUGACCCCAACACGAAUGGCUGGAGAGCCUGCCCUGUUCCCGACGUCCAUGCUUCCGGAUUCAGCUCCCGCAUACUUGAGAUCGAAAAAGUAGCGUCACAUGUGCCUCAGCAAGUAAUUGCGGCUAUGAGCAGCAUCUCUCAUCUCUCGGCGCCAUGGAAUGUGAUAAGACAUCUUCGCAAGAGAACGGAUCUUCUGGACUCACUGUUUGAGAGGACGCAUCGUCCGGUAUCUGCAGAUCAGCAUUUAAUUUCUCUUGCUGCUCAGAUAGAUCAGUCUUGGCCGAAGAAUGUUCCCAAAAAUGAAACUUUCCGGCCUUCUGGUAUUGUGGUGAAAGCCUACCCAAAAGGCAAAGGACUUUCAAUCCCAACCCCAACAAUCAUGAUGAUAACAACCAUCUCCUCCGUCAUCAGCAUCAGCCUCGCCGUCGUAAGCUACCUCAAAGCAACCCCACAGCCCGGCACUCCCCAAGACGCAGACUUUUUCUCUCUCUUCCAAAGCUCGGUGCUUCAAAUCUCUAGUAUAUGGCCCAUGAUGCUUACCCUGCGGAAAACUCGUCUAAACAAGCUUGCGAGUAUUUAUAUCUGGGUUCUUGUGGUUUUCGGUUUGCUUACUGCUGCUGUUGCUGUGCCGUUGUAUAUACUAGUUCAUACGGGCUGGAGUACGUUGUUUUCUGCGGCGAGUGGAGUGAGUCAGGGGUUCGUUACUCUGCAGCUUGUUUAUGUUGUGGCUGCUUGA